AUGAUUGUCAAGCAGCACUUGGUCUUCAUCCUGUACAGCCUCUGCGCCAGCGUCUUUAAAGUGGCUGGGACAAAAAGCAAAGCGAAAGGUAGCCAAGGUCAGUUCCCCAUAACUCAGAAUGUGACGGUGGUGGAGGGGGGUGCGGCCAACAUGACCUGUCGUGUGGAUUACAAUGAUAACACCUCCCUCCAGUGGUCGAACCCUGCACAACAGACCCUGUUCUUCGGGGACAAGAAAGCUCUGAGAGACCACAGAAUCGAGCUGGUGCGAGCCACGUCGCAGGAGCUCACGAUCAAGAUCGGUGACGUCAGCCUGUCGGACGAGGGCCAGUACACCUGCUCGCUCUUCACCAUGCCCGUCAAGACCACCAAGGCCUUCCUCACGGUUCUGGGGGUACCGGGCCGGCCAGAGAUCACAGGAUUCACCAAGCCAGCCAUGGAGGGCGACGUGAUCACCUUGACGUGCAGCACGUCCGGCAGCAAACCAGCCGCCCACAUCCGCUGGUUCCGAAACGACAAGGAGGUCCAAGGAAGCAAGGAGCUGAACGCCACCGGUAAAUCUUUCACCGUCCGGAGCAGCCUCCAGCUCCAGGUGGACAAGCGGGACGACGGCGUGGCCUACACCUGCAGCGUGGAGCACGUGUCCCUGUCCAACCCCUACAUGACCACCGAGGUUCUGGAGGUCCACUAUGCUCCCCAUUUGGACAUCGCACACCCAUUGCUCAUUCCACAAGAAGGGCAAUACUUCAAAUUGGAGUGCGUGUCCAUAGGCAACCCAAUACCUGAUUCGGUGCAGUGGUCUAAAGACGGCGGCGGGCUGCCCGACAUCGAGCGCAUGAUCGUGGAGGGAAGAGAACUAACCAUCACCACGCUAAACAAAACCGACAACGGCACAUACCGCUGCGAGGCGAGCAACCACCUGGGGACCAGCAGCGCCGAGUUCACACUGUUCGUCUACGCCAAAGACUUCCCAGGGCCCACGACAGAUCCUAACGCUCUGGGACAACACGGACCGGACCACGCUUUAAUCGGCGGCGUCGUUGCAGUCGUGGUCUUCAUCACCUUGUGCUUGAUAAUAGUUCUUGGGCGAUAUCUGGCCAGACAUAAAGGGACGUAUCUAACGCACGAGGCCAAAGGAGCGGAGGACGCGCCCGACGCCGACACAGCCAUCAUCAACGCCGAGGGAAACCACGUGCACGCAGAGGAGAAGAAAGAGUACUUCAUUUAG